AUGCCGCUGAGGCUCUUGAAACUGCCCUUCCCUAUGAGGCUCAUGAACUUCGUUGCUCCUGCAACUGAACCCUGGUACGUCGCCCAGAUGCCUGCCGCCCACUCCGUUGAGAUUGUUGAUGCCUCAGUCCAUCCGGUUGCAUUUGCUGCCGCUCAUCCCCUUCAUGGGCCCUAUCCUCUUCCUCCCCCCCGUCCAACUGCCGCUCCCCUUGCCCCUGGUGGUGCCCAUCUCCUCGAUGCUGCCUCUGCCCUUCUUGCUGCCCAGUCCCUUCCUGCUGCCAAGAAUCUUGCAGCUGCUGAGUCCCUUGGUGCCUAUUCCCUCCCUGCCGCCCAAUCCAUUGCUGCUGCCCAGUCCCUAGCUGUUCCUCAGUCCCUAGCUGCUGCCCAGUCCUUUCCUGUCGCCCAAUCCCAUCCUGCUGACCUCGGUUUUGGUGUCGCCCAGUCCCUAGCUGCUGCCCAAUCCCUUGCUGCGGCCCAGUCCCUUGCUGCUGCCGAAAAUCUUGCAUCUGCCAAGCCCCUUGCUGCCUCCUCCCUCUCUGCUGCCCAAUCCGUUGCUGCUGCCCAAUAUCUAGCUGCUGCCCAAUCCGUUGCUGCUGCCCAAUUCGUUGCUCCUGCCCAGCCCCUUGCUGCUGCUCACUCCCUUCAUGCCACCCUGUCCCUUGAUGCUGCCCAGUCCCUUGAUGCUGCUCAGUCCCUUGCUGCUGCCCAGUCCCUUGCUGCUGCCCAGUCCCUUGCUGCUGCCCAGUCCCUUGCUGCUGCCCAGUCCCUUGCUGCCUAUUCCCUCCCUGCUGCCCAGUCCCUUGCUGCUGCCCAAUCCCUUGCUGCUGCGCAGUUACGUCAGGACGGUGCCGCUUCAGAUUCUUUUGUGACUACUGCGGAUUUGGCAGCCAUGGCGGAGCUUAAAGUCAGCAAGCCCGCGCUAGCGACGACGCCGCUAAGCCUUCCUAAUAGGAUUCUCAUGGGUCCUGGCCCGGCAACUCCCCACCCUCGAGUCCUUGCCGCCGCAUCCCUGCCUCUCGUCGGUCACAUGCACCCGGAGUUCCUCGCAGUCAUGGACGAGGUGAAGGCGUGGCUGCAGUACACCUUCCAGACGCAGAAUCCGUUCACCAUCGCCGUCAGCGGCUCCGGCCACGCCGCCAUGGAGGCUGCCGUCGCCACUGUGGUGGAGCCUGGCGAUGUGGUGCUGGUGGGGGUGAACGGCAUCUGGGGCGAGCGCAUGACGAUCCUGGCCGCUAGGUACGGUGCUGACGUCCGGAAGAUGGAGGCGGCACCGGGGAAGGUGUUUUCCACUGCUGACGUGGAAAAGGCUCUGGCGGAUAACCCGGGCGUGAAGGUGGUGUUUGUGGUGCACGGGGAGUCGAGCACGGGGACGCUUCAGCCGCUGGAAGGUCUGGGAGAGCUUUGCCACAAGAAUGACGCACUUCUAUUCGUGGACGCAGUGUGCACGCUGGGGGGGGUGCCUCUGCACGUGGACGCGUGGGGCGUGGACGUCAUUUACAGCGGAUCUCAGAAGUGCCUCUCUGCGCCCGUCGCCCCCUCGCCACUCUCCCUCAGCGAGAGAGCCCGUGCGAAACUCGCCAACCGUUCUACCCCUGUCCAGUCCUACUACUUUGAUAUGAACCUGGUUGGCGAGUACUGGGGGGUGGACGGCCAACCGCGCAAGUACCACCACACAGGCCUGGUGACCAACGUGAACGCCAUGAGGGAGGCACUCGCGAUGCUGGCAGAGGAGGGUCUGGAGAAUGUGUGGCAGCGCCAUCGCAGCCAGGCUGAGCUGCUGUGGGCAGGGCUGCAAGAGCUGGGGCUCGAGCUAUUCGUGGAGGACCAUGAUUCUCGCCUGCCCACUGUGACAACAGUGAAGGUGCCUGAAGGAGUGGAGUGGACUAAAGUCACAGGCCAUCUCAUGUCCAAGUUCAACUUGGAAAUAGCUGGAGGGCUUGGUCCGACCGUUGGCAAGGUAUGGCGAAUUGGUCUCAUGGGGAACAAUGCUCGCCCUGCGAAUGUAGCUCUGCUCCUGGAGGCCCUGAAGGACGCACUUGAGCAUGCAGGACGCCUCAAGAACCCAGCUUCCGCUGCCAUUACCAUGGCUCCUUUGGCUCCUCUGGUUGCUUCCCCAACGGCCGCUUCGACGAGGGUUGAGAGGCCAAGCAUCCCCACCACGCCUCUGACGCUCCCCAACCUGCUGCUCAUGAGUCCUGGCCCAUCGUCUCCCCACCCACGCGUCCUCGCUGCUGCUGGUUCGCCCCUUGUCGGACAUAUGCAUCCUGCGCUGCUCAGUGCGGUCGAUGACGUGCGCGAGUGGCUCAAGUACGCCUUUCAGACGCGCAACCGCUUCACGCUCGGCGUCAGCGGCUCGGGUCACGCCGCCAUGGAAGCUGCUGUGAACGCCGUUGUAGCCCCCGGUGGCGUCGUUCUUGUCGCGGUAAACGGAAUGUGGGGCGAGCGAAUGGCGCUGCUCGCGCGGCGGCACGGCGGCGACGUGCGAACGAUCCAGGCGCCUCUGGGGGAGGUGUUUUCUCUUGACGACUUCGCGCGCGCGCUCGAGGCGAACCCGGGAGUCGCGGCGGUGUUUGUGGUGCACGGCGAGUCGAGCACGGGCACGCUGCAGCCGCUGGAGGGGUUGGGGGAUUUAUGCCAUAAGCACGGUGCGCUGCUGGUGGUGGAUGCGAUUUGUACGGUGGGCGGGGUGCCUGUUCUGAUGGACGAGUGGGAUAUCGAUGUGUGCUACAGCGGGUCUCAAAAGUGUUUGUCAUCGCUUGUAUCACCGUCGCCGUUCUCCAUGAAUGAGCGUGCAAGACAGAAGCUCAAGAGCAAGGCACACCAGAUCCAGACGUACUACUUUGAUAUGAAUGUGGCCGGAGCUUUCUGGGGCGUUGAUGGCAAGCCACACGUGUACCAUCACACAUCGAUCGGCAGCAACAUCAUGGCUAUCAGGGAGGCACUAGCCUUGGUGGUGGAUGAAGGGCUAGAGAGUGUGUGGCACCGCCACCGCUCCCUGGCUGAUAAGCUCUGUGCUGGGAUCGAGGAGCUGGGUCUGGAGCUCUUUGUGAAGGACCCCGCCAUCCGCCUGCCCACCGUGACAACCAUCAAGGUGCCCGAGGGGGUGCAGUGGGCGCAGGUGACGGCUUACCUCAUGGAGAAGUACAACCUCGAGAUUGCCGGGGGGCUCGGACCCACCGUUGGCAUGGUAUGGCGAAUCGGCAUAAUGGGCAACAACGCUCGCCUCCCCAACGUGGCUCUCGUGCUGCGAGCACUCAAAGACGCGCUGCACCACUCUUGA